CAAGCCUUUCGCAUGGAUGGAGCUGAAAAUGAAUGCGUUUCGCAUCUUUCGCAGUAGCGCCUUCGCACUCCUUUCGUUUUCUUCUUCUCCUUACUUCGAACCCUCAUAAUCGCUGCAAAUCUCUAGAACAUUCAAGGAAAGGAAUAGAACAGAAAAGAAGAUUUGAAAAUUGAGUUUGAAAAACUUGUGCUGACGUUGAGCCCAGGUGACGGAGGAGCGGAGUGAUGGUGAGGAUAUUACCAAUGGCUUCCUCAUUACGACCUUCGAUUUCGUCAUUUAGGUUUGCAGCCGCUUCUCGUUUGGCUCGUUCUCUCACUUCCUACGCCCCAACUCGGAGGCUGGCUUCAUUUCAUCUCGGUUUUGCUGUUCCACAGGCUCAAYUAUUUGGUUUGAACUCUUCGAAGUUGUUGAAAAAGGAGCAUAAUAACACCAUGAGGGUGGCCGUAAAUGGAUAUGCAGCACAAGCUAGCACAAAAGCCAGUCCAGAAAAUCUUCUUGAGUGGGUCAAAAAGGAUAAGAGGAGGUUGCUUCAUGUUGUCUAUCGGGUUGGAGAUAUGGAGAGGACGAUAAAAUUCUACACUGAGUGCUUGGGGAUGAAGCUACUGCGAAAACGUGACAUCUCAGAGGAGAGAUAUACGAAUGCAUUUCUUGGAUAUGGUCCAGAAGAUGCUCACUUCGUCAUUGAACUCACUUACAAUUAUGGAGUUGACAAGUAUGAUAUUGGAACUGGAUUUGGCCAUUUUGGUAUUGCAAUUGAAGAUGUUUCCAGGACUGUGGAACUGAUAAAGGCCAAGGGUGGAAAAGUUACCCGAGAACCUGGUCCUGUUAAAGGUGGCAGUACCGUAAUUGCAUUUAUUGAAGACCCAGAUGGUUAUAAAUUUGAACUUCUGGAAAGGGGGCCUACUCCGGAACCUUUAUGCCAAGUAAUGCUUCAUGUAGGCAAUCUUGAUCGAUCCAUAGAUUUCUAUGAGAAGGCAUUUGGCAUGGAGCUUCUUCGCAAGCGAGAUAAUCCAGAGUAUAAGUACACAAUAGCAAUGCUGGGAUAUGGCCCUGAAGAUAAACAUACCGUGCUGGAGUUGACAUACAACUAUGGAGUUACCGACUACGAUAAAGGGAAUGGUUAUGCCCAGAUUGCAAUAGGCACAGAUGAUGUAUAUAAAACUGCAGAAGCGGUAAAACUCUAUGGGGGGAAGGUCACCCGUGAACCUGGACCAUUACCUGGCAUCAACACUAAAAUUACAGCAUGCGUAGAUCCUGAUGGUUGGAAGACGGUUUUUGUAGAUAACAUCGAUUUUCUCAAGGAGUUGGAGUAAGCUGUGAAAGAAUCAUGGGAUAAUGCCAUCCAGAUGAGAUCCAAUCCCAGCUUGAAAGUAAUUUUUAAUGCUUGCGUCUAGCUUCUGAUUGAAUAUAGAGAGAUCCUGUCUAUAUAUGCCACGAUGUCUUGAUGGUUUGCUAUUAGGCUUGACACUGUGAUGAUCAAGUAAGUAUACGUUUAGGCUUUGGAAGAUUUACCUCCAUGAGUUAUAUUAUAGUGAAAGACAGAAAGAAAGAAAGAAAGAAAGAAGAAAACUUGCCAUACUCUGUGUAAUGUUUAUUUAUUGGUUACGAUGAGCCGAUCUGUGGCACAAAAAUUUUGAUACCAACUCGAGUUCUGUUUACUUGUAUGAUUCAGAUAAAGUUCCAUAUCCUGGAGAUAGCAUGGUUGGCUCCGCGGCUAUUGAUAUAUUAUAUGGUAUUAGUUGUAUAA